GGCGUCACGCAAAAUACGGAAAUGAGCCCCGUUCUCUGGGAUUCGGUGGUUAAAAUGGCUGAGUGCUGAAGGAACUCCGCGGUUCAGAUCAAAGAAGAGAUUUGUUCGUUAGUUUGUGGAAGGGCAGGAGCGGGGCUGAGCAGCGGUGUAGCCGUGCUGUGGGUGUCUGAGCUGGGGGUUUUACACCGCGGGGACGCCGUACCGGAUCACCAUGUCCCUGUUCCAGUCGGCGCUGGGCUUUCUGGCCGGUACCGGUUCCGGCGCCACCAGCCGGGAUCAGAACGACUUCGUGGGUCAGGUGGUGGAGCUCGGAGACACCAAACUCCGCAUCAAGAGGGUGAUCGCUGAGGGUGGCUAUGCGUUUGUGUAUGAAGCUCAGGACCUGGGUAACAACAGAGACUAUGCUCUAAAGAGACUCUUGUCCAACGAGGAAGAGAAGAACAAGGCCAUCAUCCAGGAAGUCUGCUUCAUGAAAAAGCUGUCUGGUCACCCCAACGUGGUUCAGUUCUGCUCAGCAGCGUCCAUCAGUAAAGAGGAGUCUGACACGGGCCAGGCCGAGUUCCUCAUCCUCACUGAGCUCUGUAAAGGCCAGCUGGUGGACUUUGUGAAGAAGGUGGAGCUGAAGGGACCCAUGUCAUGUGACACCGUGCUGAAGAUCUUCUACCAGUCGUGUCGCGCCGUUCAGCACAUGCACAAACAGAAACCGCCAAUCAUACACCGCGACCUGAAGAUUGAGAAUCUGUUGAUCAGCCAGCAGGGGACGAUAAAGCUGUGUGAUUUCGGCAGCUCCACCACCGUCGCACACUACCCCGACUACAGCUGGAGCGCACACAAGAGGUCCAUGGUGGAGGACGAGAUCACCAGAAACACGACGCCGGCGUAUAGGACUCCAGAGAUGAUCGACCUCUACUCCAACUUCCCCAUCAAUGAGAAACAGGACAUAUGGGCUCUGGGCUGUAUCCUGUACCUGCUAUGUUUUAAGCAGCACCCGUUUGAGGACGGAGCAAAACUCAGCAUCGUUAACGGAAAAUACAGCUUUCCAGAGAACGAGAGCCGCUACGCCGUCUUCCACCAGCUCAUCCGCUCCAUGUUGAAGGUGAACCCUGAGGAGCGUCUGUCCAUCACUGAGCUGGUCAAUCAGCUGCAGGAAAUUGCAGCCGCUCGUAACGUCAACCCUAAAUCCCCCGUUACCGAGCUGCUGGAACAGAACGGAGGAUUCGGCAGCAACGCCGCACCACCGCUCACACACCCCAACAACACACACCCCGCAGGUGUGUAUGGUGCUGAUCCUGACCAGGGGAUGGGAGGUUUCCUGGACAUCCUUAAAGGAGGAACGGAGCGCUUCCUCACCAACAUCAAAGACACGUCCUCUAAAGUUAUCCAGUCUGUGGCCAGCUAUGCUAAGGGAGAUCUGGACCUGUCCUACAUCACCUCCAGAUUAGCAGUCAUGUCGUUCCCAGCUGAAGGGGUGGAGUCAGCCAUUAAGAACAACAUCGAGGACGUGCGCCUGUAUCUGGACUCUCGGCACGCGGGUCACUACGCUGUGUAUAACCUGUCCAGACGCUCAUACAGACCAGCCCGCUUCCACAACCGGGUGUGGGAGUGUGGCUGGCAGGUGCGGAGAGCUCCCAGUCUGACCAGUCUGUACAGUGUGUGUAAGAGCAUGCACCAGUGGCUCAAACAGGACCAGCGGAACAUCUGCAUCGUGCACUGCUUAGACGGACGUGCAGCGUCGGCUGUAGCAGUGUGUUCAUUCCUGUGUUUCUGUCGUCUCUUCUCCACGGCCGAGGCUGCAGUGUACAUGUUCAGCAUGAAGCGCUGUCCACCGGGUAUCACUCCCUCACACAAGAGGUAUAUCGAGUACAUGUGUGACAUGAUGGCGGAGGAGCCCAUAAUCCCCCACAGCAAGCCCAUAAUGCUCCACUCCAUCGUCAUGACGCCCGUGCCGCUCUUCAACAAGCAGAGGAACGGCUGCCGACCUUUCUGUGAGGUGUACGUAGGAGACGAGCGAGUCGCCACCACCUCCCAGGAAUACGACAGGAUGAGGGACUUUAAGAUGGAGGACGGCAGAGCUGAGAUUCCCCUCAACGUGUUGGUGCAGGGUGACGUGCUGGUUGUUAUCUACCACGCUCGGGCCACGCUCGGAGGACGCCUUCAAGCCAAGGUGGCCUCCAUGAAGAUGUUCCAGUUCCAGUUCCACACCGGUUUUGUUCCUCGAAACGCCACGACCGUCAAAUUCGCCAAGUAUGAUCUGGACGCGUGUGACAUCCAGGAGAAAUACCCUGACCUCUUCCAAGUGAACCUGGAUGUGGAGGUGGAGCCUCGUGAUCGCCCCGCCCACAAGGCUCCGCCCUGGGAGAACUUCUCCACUAAAGGCCUCAACCCCAAGAUCCUGUUCUCCAGCAGAGACGAGCAGCAGGAGAUCCUGGCCAAGUUCGGGAAGCCAGAACUUCCUCGGCAGCCUGGUUCUACAGCGUUCUACGACUCGGGCUGUGCAGAGCCCGCUCGCUCUCCUGAAGAACCGAACGCAGACUCUCCCUCACCUCCCAGCACCAACACGGACUCCAACGCUAACAACUUCUUCCAGACGCUGGACUGGGAGGAAAUGGGCGGGUCGCACCAUCACCCUGACAGCAUGUCCGGACCAAUGGACGAGCAGGACGAUCCGAGCGGCGGCGAAUCAGGCGAGGAGUCUGUCUCUUACUCCGCCCCUGUAGAGGGAACCCUGUCACGUGACGCAAGCGAACCUCUGUUUGAGGCGGAGUUCACGACCCCUGACCCCCAGCCUGACACGGAGGACCUGCUGGGGCUGAACUCCGACCCCUGCCCUCCAGCCGUCGCCCCGGAAACGGGAAUGAAGAGUUGCUCCAGUAACAGCGAUCUGCUGAACGACCUGUUUGGCUCCACCCCUGGUCCCUCCCAUACGGGGGACACGGAGGAUCUGUUCUUCAGCACCACGUCCAGCCAGCCUUCAGAUGCCCCCGUUGCCCCCAACACAACUGCCCCCAAAGGGAACGACCUCUUUGACCCGUUUGGCGUGGGGUCAGGGGUCACGGGUGGAUCAGACCUGUUUGGUGACCUGCUCGGGUCAGAGGGCAGCGGUUUCAAAGCUCCACCUCCUGCCACCAACUCCAGCCUCUUCAACCUGAAUAAGCUCACGGGGGAUGUGCCCAAGAUGACAUCAUCAGCGAGUCAGCCUGAUUUAUUGGGCGGCUGGGACAGCUGGACCUCCGGAACCUCCGGCACCUCCAGAACUGCAGCUAGCAUGUCUGCUAACGCUAAAAAACCCGCCUUCACUGCUCCAGGUGUGUCCUCAUCGUUCUCGAAAACCAAGUCUCAGAGCUUUGAUCCCUUCGCUGACCUCGGUAACCUGGGCUCCACGCUGCCAGGCUCCUCCAGCAGUGGGUUUGCAGGUUCUGGAUUUAAAGCAGCGCCCCCUGCUGGAACAUCAAAGAGCUCGAGUCAGUCAUGGCAGCAGCAGCCAUCGUCUCAACCUGCUAAUAAACCCUGGGCACCUCCGAGCUCCGCCCCCAAACCCAACACCACCCAAUCAGCAAAGACCAACUUCAACCUUCAAAACUUCAGUGUGAUUGGAGGACGAGAAGAGCGAGGACGCAGGGGGCCGGGAUUCGGUCCGAAGCCCAAAGUGAAGGAGGACGAUUUUGAGGAUUUGUUAUCCACUCAGGGAUUCUCCUAUAAACCGGAGAGAAAGGGAGGACCGCGCACCAUCGCCGCCAUGAGGAAACAGGAAAUGAGCAGAGACAUGGAUCCACUCAAACUACAGAUCUUGGACUGGAUCGAGGGGAAGGAGAGGAACAUCCGCGCUCUGCUCUCCACAUUACAGACGGUGCUGUGGGAGGGAGAGACGCGCUGGAAACCCGUCAGCAUGGCCGACCUGCUCACACCUGACCAGGUGAAGAAGUUCUACAGGAAAGCAGCGCUGAUCGUCCAUCCUGACAAGGCGGCGGGGAAGCCGUACGAGCAGUACGCCAAGAUGAUCUUCAUGGAGCUGAACGACGCCUGGUCCGAGUUCGAGAACCAAGGAUCUAAAGCGCUGUUCUGAGUGACGGUACCGCACACGCGUCUCUCUCUCUCCGGGAGCAGCGAGGGGGGGAGAUGGAGAGAUGGAGAGGGGCUUCUUCAGACGGAAACCUGUGCAGAGAGAAACUACAGAAUAAACCCACGUCUCUGUAAACCCGACCACCAUGCCUUUAAACAGUGACACGGACAGACAGACCGGCGGCCCACAGAGGAGCGGACCUGUCUGUCUCUCAGUGAAGGACAGACUGUUGGAGGACAAUUCUCACCUGCUCUUACACCGUGUGUGUGUGUGUGUGUGUGUGUGUGUGUGUGUGUGUGUGUGUGGCGCUAAGGGAACAAAGGAAUGAGUCGCUUAUUAAUCUUUAUUUUUGUGUAUAUUUUUUUUAUCUCAUUUUUCUGUCUUAUCUCUUUCUGGUAUUUAUGUUACUCAUUACUUAUCACCAAUCAGCACGUUGUCGUGUGUGUGUGUGUGUGUGUGUGUGUGUGUGUGUGUGUGUGUGUGUGUGUGUGUGUGUGUGUGUGUGUGUGUGUGUGUGUGUCACUCCGGCAGAGUCGAAUCGUCUGCGUGUUUCUUAACAGCUCUUAAGUCCUAUUUAUUGUUCGUGAGGCUGCUGAUGUCACGCCUGAGGAGGAAAACAACACCGUGUGUGUGUGUGUGUGUGUGUGUGUGUGUGAAGCUUAAAAUCAUUCCAAAGCAUCUACCGGUGUGAAUGUGCGUUAUAUAAAAGCUGUUAUCAGCUGGAAUGUACCAUGACAUUUACGACGACUCCUCGUGGUCCGGGGACGCGCUGAUCCGAGCUCUGCCAAACAAAACAGUGGAUUAAAUGCGAAGGAAGAGACGCGGCGUUCUGAUCUGAUCUGAUCUGAUCUGAUCCACUGUUUAAUCCGUUAAUAAUCAGUAAUAUCGAUUACCAGCAAACCGCCCGUCUCUAACACACUUACUGAUCCACUUCAGAGCUCUGAUCCCCGUGCGCCCCCCCCAAAUCAAACAAAAAGACCAAAUGUAAAAUAUUACCCUGUGAAUCACGAGAGGAGGUGUGUGUGUGUGUGUGUGUGUGUGCGAGAGAGAAAUGAAGCUUUUUUUUCCAUGAAUCAUUAUUUAACCCCGUACUGAGGACAGAUUACAGAUUUUAGCGUGUAGUGUGAACUGUCUGGCUGAAGUCAUGUUUGGAAGACAGGAGGCAGCGCUGCUGAAGGACUUGUGCAGUAUUUGUGGUGUUGGAGAAGCUGACCGUGAAGCUGCGCAUGCUGAGGAGUUAAACACGGUGAUUAACCGUGUGUGAGAUCUCUUCACAGGCCCGCAUCCUCCCCAGCUUUAAUCUGCGCUCGGGUUCGAGCACGGCGCACUGACCAGCAGGUACAGAGCGAUGACCUGCUCUACAAGCUGCCAAUCAUCACCGCCACUCGUUUAUGGACCCGCCCUCAUCCGCCACACGUCUCUCGCUAAACACCUUCAUCGUCAUUAUUAUUGUUAUUAUUAUUUUAUACCAAGUAACACUCUCAGAAGUGCGUCAGGUUUAAAGGCGGAGUUUACAGUCGCAUCUCCAAGUGUAAUGUACGGCGUCUCGUUUUUCACUUGACUCCUGGAUUAAACACGGCUGGAGGACGUGACAUCGGUGUCUGACUCCGAGCUAGCCCAGUGGAGUCUCGUACACACACACACACACACACACUUCUACACUUAAAUCUAUUCCGACUGCAGUCCAUUCCGCUGUUGUAUUUACCCGUCUCCCUCCUCCCACGCAGACUCGGACAUUCAGCCCUCACGUUAAUGCACUAGACACAACACCGUGACGCAUCUCCGUCCUUCCCGAUCAACACUAGAGACGCGACACGAUGAAGAGCCGGUUAUCGGGGCGUACCUGCUGGUUAGUGUGCUCGCCGAGGCUGUGAUCACGGGAGGUUCAUCUACAGCGUGAUGUGACCCCAUCAGCAUGUUUAGAUUCAGAAGGAAAUGAUGAUGAUGAUUGUGAUCAAGCUGCAGGGGGUGAUUUCUCUCAGUGUGGUCAGGAUCCUCCCAUCACGUGGAGGAACAGAACUCUGUACAAUAAUGCUCUAUUUUGGUAAAAGGAUGAUCGUCAUUCAGGGCCUUACACCUUUCAUUUCUUAUUUUCUUGAAUCAGUCUCACUCCGGCCUGAUUUCCACCGUCCGCCUGUUCUUCUUGUUUUGGACUGUAUGAAAAAUAAACCACAAUCGAAAAAGGUGA